UAAUUUGAUUACGUCAUGGGCUCGGUUGACUAGACACAAUUCACCUUCAUAAAGCAUCGCCACUUUACAAAGAAGAGAAAACUUGAACAAAAACCAAGAAAUUACACUUACAUUAGUUCCGAGGCUAAGUUAUUGUUCCUCCAGCUCUUUUUAUUUGAAAGCUAUAAAAUCCAAGAUGUAAUGUUUUGUUUAAAUUUGUGAUUAGGCAGCUAACAAGGCUGGCAUAAAGUAUUCAUCGGCUAAGACAAUACUUUUUGCACAUCGAAAAUCUUUUAAGAAUGAGUUGAUAAGAAAUAAAUUGGCCGCAGUAUAAAAUUAAAUUAUAUUCUUAAAUAGAAUUCUAUAAAGGCAAAAUGUUGUGGAUACAAAGUUAAAUAAAGUGGAGAGCAGGAUAAUAUUCAAAUAAUUAGUAGAGUUGGAAUGUGAAUGGGCAUUGGAUACCCCCC